AUGGAAAGAAUCGGUCUGGGAAUUUGGAGAGAGGGCUGCGGGGAUGAGUGCAAAAGAGAGGGGCGAGGCAGCAAUCACAAAGGCCUUCGCAUCCUCACCAGCCUCCCCCCCCAAAAAAACACACCCUGGGGAGAUCCUUAUUGGUCUCUUUCUGAACCCAGUGGGUGUACACUUUUCGCAACCGAAAUAAAAGGGUGGAUUUGCCGAGGCUUUAAAUAUGGCUUGAGUUGUCACAAGCCCUCAUAUCCUGCCCUGUAGGCUCCUCGAUCGCUUCGGUGUUUGGUUGCUGUGGUAAGUCUUGUUUGUUAUUUUUACGUGCCUAGUCUGUUUUUCUAAAAAAAUUAAAUUAAAUUAAAUAGAACAAGGAUGAGGCCAUCAGUUUCAGCCUAAUGUUGUGCAGAGGCUGACAUGACUGACCAGAGUCCAGAUGCAGUUUCAGAAGUGCAGAACUUCCUUGUGGCUUGGGAGUAGUAGCCAAAUAUGCCCUACUUAGAGUAGGCCCACAGGAAUCAGUGGUUUUUUAGGGUGGUCACCCAAGUAAAUUCUACUUAGAGCAGACGCGGUGAAGUUAAGGGACCAAAAUUCGCCGUUGAGCUGUAGUCAGUGGUAGCCCUACUCCGAGUAGACCCACUGAAGUUAAUCGACACGAACUUAGGUUUGUUAAUUGCAAUGGCCCUGAGCAGAAUGUGGUUGGAUACAACCCCAUGCUGAUUAACUUCUGUGGGUCUGCUGUGAGGAGGAGUGACACCGGCUGCAACUCAACGUUACGUAAGUCCAUUGAUUUCAAUAUGUCCAUUUCGGAGCAUGAGUCUUGAUGUGGGAUCUUGCCCACACACAAUUAAUCUUCCCCAGAUCUUAAAGCUACCAGCCCUGGAAAGGAGCUUCAAGUCCCCAGAUGUUCUUCAGUGUUACACCGGUAUUCGAUAGAUGUAAGAACGACUGUUUUCAUCCAAAGCGGACCUCUUUUGCAGAGGUGCAAUUUGUUUCUCCAGUGUGUGUUAUGCACGGCAAUCUGCUAGCAGUCGCUGAGGAAAUGGGCGUCGUGUCCCUCCACUCCCUUCAGCCAGUCUUACCACAGGUAGCAACAGAGAGCAGAACAGCGACUCUGCAAGACGCCCCUGAUUCCUACGCAAUCCAAUAUGCUUGCAAAGGGCUGUUAUUCAGCAAACAGAAAGGGCCAAACUCUGCAAGCACUCAGGUUCCCAGCAGCUAAUGGCUGUGGGUUUGAUUUUUAUAGCAGGCAGGGCUUUCUCUCCCCAUUCCCAAGCAGCACUCUGCACAUGCUCAGUGAAUAAAGGGUGUGGCUGCCUAGGUAUCUAUCUGCCUGUCUGUCUUUUCAUCUAUCUAUACAGUCGUACCUAGGAAGUCAAACGGAAUCCGUUCCAGAAGUCCGUUCGACUUCCGAAACGUUCGUAAACCAAAGCGCGGCUUCUGGUCGGCUCCAGGAAGCUCCUGCAGCCAAUUGGAAGACGCAGAAGCCCCGUCGGAUGUUCGGCUUCCAAAAAAACAUUCCAAAACCGGAACAUUCACUUCCAGUUUUCGAUCGUUUGGGAGCCAGAACAUUGGAGGUACGACUGUAUAACAGGACUUUCCUACCAAGAAUAGCAUUCUGGGCAUGCUCAGUUUCCCAGUGGCUAAAGGGUGUGGCUUUUUAAAGUAGGAGGCAUUGCUCCCACGCCCUUCCACAACCCACGAUCAGAUUCUGGACAACUAGAAGGCACUGAUUCUUUUGGAACCUGAUAGCUGGCCCUCACCUUUCAUUUCAAAUGAGGAGUGUGUCUCUGUAUGUGACAGCAAAUAUUCCCCUCACAGAGCUGCAAUUGCCAGUUUCACAGGGAGAGAGAUGGAUAGACUCUGGAAAUUGGGGCUCUGUGUGGAGAAUUUGGGGGGGUGUCACCUAAGAACUUUCAGCACCCCAACAAACGACGUUUCCCAAGAUUUUUGUGGUGGUGGGGGACCACUUAAAUAAAGAAGGGUACUUCAAAUGCUCAGUACAGAUGGGACCUCAGGGGUUUGUGUGCGCAAUUCUCAGCGCAAUUCUGUUUGUGUCUAUCCUGCCCUAUCUCAGACUGUGCAUUCAGCUGAUCACGAAGCGACUUUUCUCCUCUGGAUCACAAUCAGCUAAGAAGUGAAGGGGAGGGCGGAUUCAGCUCAGUUUGUAUUUAAAGGCAAACAAACCUAUAUACCCCACUCUCUCCAAAAUAGCACAAAAACAGCCAACCUUUGGAAAUUCGAACAUCUUUGAAUUUUGCUAGGCGGUUCUCCAGCCAAGUAAUGUGUACCUCCCCAAAAAAAGGCAUAGACUAGGGGAAUGUGUGCCUUAAAAUGUGUUAAUCUGUGAAAAUAGAAUGUAUUAUAUUAGGCAAAAUUACUUCCAAGGAUGUGUCUAUUAGGGGAAAUAUUGCACUAAGUUGCUGACGAAUUUUCAUGAGGGGGAAGCAAGCUCAGGGGUCAAUUCUUAAAGUUUUUUUAAAAUGGUUUUUAAUCGGGGAUCAAGGCAGAAAGCUGAUGUGGAAAUGUGGAGUGCUGAACUUAAAGUUGGCAAAAUAAGGAACUGAGGGAAACUGAAAUGGGCUGAUUUUCUCAUCCCGAAAACAGCCCCUCCCUCCAGAUAGAACCCCCUAGUCAUGAGGACUGGCCUCUUGACACUUAACUCUAAAAGGUGUGCCAGAACAUGCACACAAUGUGCUUUCCUCAACUCCUGCCCUCCAAAACCAGCGAUUGACUGCAACUAAACUCAUCUGGGAUCAAGAGGAAGAACCAUCAGUUUAGGGGACAGACGUAUCACCUCCACCCCAAUAAGUACAGAUCCCUUUCUGGCGUUUCUCCCCUCCCAUCUGUUUUACUCAAGCCUCCCCUGACUUUGCCACCAAAUUCUACUACCGAUUCUUUCAUCAUGACUCAGAGUUUCCUCUUUCAUUUUUUUACCAUCUCCAGAUUCUGUGGUUGACUAAAGCCGGGUGCGGUCUCCCUCCAGCAAACCUCAGUCUGGAGGCGAUGAAAAAUAAAAAUAUAGACUCUGAUGCCAUCCACCUCAUAAGUUUCUUGUUCUAGACAAAGGCUUGCGUUAAGCAAUAGAGUUAAGAAAAUAAUACAGAACGUACACCCAUAACGUAAAAAUCCAUAAUAUAAAAAAGACUUUCCUCAGCGUUAAAACACAGUUUCCCUUGCGCAUCUCUGACAGCAGCAGUUCUAAUAUUACCUUGCCUUUCUAAAAUCCAAUUUGCCAACCUCCAUGAUGUAAGAGAGAAUGGUUACCAGAGACACCAACAAACUCAAAUCCAUCUUGACUCCAGAUUAAGCCUCCAAAUCACCACAACAAUUUAUAGUGAUUUUCUUUAACUCCUUUUUCCUGAUUUUUCCCCCGCAGCCAGUGCAUAAAGGGCCACUCUGUAUGUUACAAAGGUCUUAUUGUCACUCUAAAGAAACCAAACCAUUUCUGCCAGGGUGGGACUGCUUGCUUGUAUGUGCAAAGAUUUCAGAAAGCGAUCUCUUGGGUCUCUCUAUACAAGGGACAGGCUAACAGAUAAUGAGUGAUAUCUUCUACCUGAGGCAAACCAAAAAGUCUGUUUGAAUGAUGGAUGUUGUUGAAGUGACCAUCCACGACUGCAGCGGGCAUCACUUGGGAGAUGCAGCUCAAGCAAAACAUUUCUUGUCUGGCGAGAGUGUGGUCAGAAAAUUAGCUCUAGAAUGCUCUUUUCUGGAGAGCGGAUACCAAGGGGGAAAUUGGUUGUGGGCAGUUCCUUCUGGAUUCUAUCCAGAAAAGGCAAUCCCUUAGUUCACACUUACUCCUCAUCGAAGCAGAGCUCAGUUCUGGGAAAUAAUAAUAGUCCAAAUCACCUUUUGAUGAUGGCUCAAUAUGCAUAGGAGCCAUUUUUAAAAGGUAGUUUAACUGAGUGCCAUCUGCUCUUGCCUUGAAUGUUGGUCACAUGGAUUCUUUACUAAGAAGAACUGCUAAUAUUCCUGAUGAUAGAAAGUAUAGCUUCCAAAAAUAUAUUUUUUGCACCAUUUACAAAAUUUUAAUAAGAAUUCAAAUCAGAGCCCCAGAUUUACUCGAGUAAGUACUUUGCUACCAAAUAUAUUUAGGACAGGUUCAAUCACCUGCCCUCCGCCGUUGCAACAGAACUUCAUCAAUGCCCCUAUGGUUUUCUGUGCUUUGAUUUUCACUGUCUCCAUAUGACACUUCCAAGAGAGGGUUUUGCUAAAGAGUACACCCAGGUUUCGAAAUGAGCGCAUUUGUCCCCUAGCUUGCUGAUCUAAGCAGCAAAGGUAAAAAAGUAAAAGGUAAAGGACCCCUGGACAGUUAAGUCCAGUCAAAGGCAACCAUAGGGUUGCGGCACACAUCUCACUUUCAGGCCGAGGGAGCCGGCAUUUGUCCACAGACAGCUUUCCGGGUCAUGUGGCCAGCAGGACUAAACCGCUUCUGGCACAAUGGGACACCAUGACAGAAACCGGAGCACACGGAAACACUGUUUACCUUCCCGCCACAGUGGUACCUAUUUAUCUACUCGCACUGGUGUGCUUUCGAACUGCUAAGUUGGCAGGAGCUGGGGCAGAACAACAGGAGCUCACUCCAUCGCGGGGAUUCGAACCGCCGACCUUGUGAUCGGCAAGCCCAAGAGGCUCAGUGGUUUAGACCACAGCGCUACCUGUGUCCCUUUCUAAAGAGCAUUUAUACCUAGGACUAUGUUUGCCAAAAAUCAUACUGUUGGUCUUAAUUUAUGGAUAGGCUUUCCUGCUUACAGUAUGUGCUGAGCACCUCCAAGAGAUUUUUUGACACCCAAUCGGGAAAGAGAGAGGAGCCCUAAAUCAUCUGUUUACAUCACUAUUGAGAUCUUUCUGUCCCUAAUUACUGCAGCGGGGAAGUUUGCGUUGGCUAAAUAUGGCACCAAAUCGUUAAUAUAGAUGUUAAAAGAGCGGGAGCCAGAAUGCAGCCUUGAUUCAUUCCUCGUGAUGCUUUAAAGGCAUCAGUCGUACCACCAUUUAAACCUACUCUGACCCUCAUUCCUGUAUUGCUUCAUAGCUCUUGGAUCUAUAGCAGACAUCUGCAGUUGGUGUUGGCAAUCUGAAAUUUCUCCCACCGCCUUAUCUCACUUAAUUUAAACCCUAGACCACCAGCUCCCAGAAUUUGUCUCCAUCCUCUCUUUUCCAUUACAAGAAGUCCCAGUUCCUGCCACUGGGCUUUUGUAUGUUCUGUUUCUUGUUGAGCAGACUCUUGUAUCCCAAACUACUGUACGUUUGAUCAAAAUCUGCAUGGAAUCCUCCGAUGGAUUCUUACGAGAAUCCCCAGUUGUCUUAGCCAGAACUUUCUUAGCUGCUUUGCAUUGACUUGUCAAUGAAGGAUAGACUAUAAUGCGACUGACAGCACUUGCACCUACAUGACUCUACAUGACUCCCGUGUUGUUGAUGUUGUUUAGUCGUUUAGUCGUGUCCGACUCUUCAUGACCCCAUGGACCAGAGCACGCCAGGCACUCCUGUCUUCCACUGCCUCCCGCAGUUUGGUCAAACUCAUGCUGGUAGCUUCGAGAACACUGUCCAACCAUCUCGUCCUCUGUCCUCCCCUUCUCCUUGUGCCCUCCAUCUUUCCCAACAUCAGGGUCUUUUCCAGGGAGUCUUCUCUUCUCAUGAGGUGGCCAAAGUAUUGGAGCCUCAGCUUCAGGAUCUGUCUUUCCAGUGAGCACUCAGGGCUGAUUUCCUUAAGAAUGGAUAGAUUUGAUCUUCUUGCAGUCCAUGGGACUCUCAAGAAUCUCCUCCAAUAUAUAAAUUAUAUUGCAAUACAGAUUCCAACCAUUUGGGGCUCUAUGCGAGGCACAGAACUACAAUUCCCAGAGUUCCCUGGGAAGAAAAGGGAUUGCUUGUCAAACCACUCUGGGAAUUGAAGUUCUGGAAGGGAGGCGGGGUGGGGUCUCCUACCAAUGCUCAGCACCCAUAACAAUCAGCAGCUCCCAGAAUUCCUUGGGGCAAGCCAUGAGUGUUUAAAGUGGUAUCGUAGUGAUUUAAAUAUCUGGUGCAAACAUAGCCUUAGGGUUGCCUUUGCAGAAGAGAGGAGGAGGAGCAGGAUGGGGACAAAGGCGGAAUUAGUUGGCUCCGCCUCUCCUUGGCUCUGGCUCCACCUCCCAUUGGCUUCCCUGUUGUCUGCCCAGCCAGUCUCAAUGGGCAAGCGCCACCACCGUCCACCACCUGACCAGCUUUCUCAUUCCCAACCCGCUCUUCUGCCACCGCCAGGUUCCGAGAGCAUCCGAAAAUGGCGAGUCCCCUGGAGAAGGCCCUGGAGGUGAUGGUCACAACUUUCCACAACUACUCCGGCAAGGAAGGAGACAAGUUCAAGUUGAACAAGGCGGAGCUGAAGGAGCUGCUCUUGAAGGAGCUGCCUGGGUUCCUCGGGGUAAGUCAAAGGAGGGAACCUCGAUGGGGGAGAACUUCUCCUUCUCAAGAAGGUCCCCUGCAUCUCCAGGGAAGGCUGCAGAAGAAUCCCUUCCUGAAAUCCUGGAGAGCUACUGGACCAUGAGGACUAGAAACUUACAUUAUUUUUCAGGGAAGGGGGGCAGCUCAGUGGUAGAACAUCUGCUUUGUGCGCAGAAGGUUCGAUCCCUGCCUUCUCCAGGUAGGACUGCAACAGAAUCUUUUCCUGAAACUCUGGAGACACACUGCCCUUUAUUCUGAACCAUGAGGACUAGAAUCUCUGGGUGAUCCCUGAUUGGUUGGGACAUGUGCCCAGGACAAGGGUGGGGAACGUCUGGCCCUCCAGAUGGACUACAACUCUCAUCAUCACUGACUGAUGGGUGAUGGGGCUGAUGGGAGCUGGAAUACAGCAACAUCUAGUGGGCCCAAAGACUCCCAAUCCCUGAACUAGACUGGCAAUUGCCUUUCUGACAUCUAUCCCAAUUGCGUCUUCUAAUGCAGAGCUCUCCAGUUGCUUCUGGACCACAACUCCCAGCAUCCCUGACCAUCAGCCAGUGGCUGAUGGGAGUUGAAGUCCAACCACAUCUGGAGGGCCACAGGCUCCCCAUUCCUGCUUCACACCUUUGCAUGUGCAUUUAAUGGGUGAUCCCUGAUUGGUUGGGACAUGUGUCCGGGACAGGGGUGCGGGACCCUGCGGCCCUCCAGAUAUGGCCAGCUCCCUUCAUCCCUGACCAUUAUGGCUGGGGCUGAUGUGAGCUGGAGUCUGGAAGGCCACAGGCUCCCCGUCCCUGGGCAAGACCCAACUAGCAGACGGGUGUGCCUUGCGCUCCAGGCCAUUGGAGCAGUCUGGUGGCUAUGAGUGUCCAUCGUCCUCCAUCCAUGUGCAGGCUAUACAAAAGCCCAAUGGGGAAGCAGGGCACAUAAGCAAGUCAGAGAGACAGACGUAAUUGAAAGGUGUGCAUUUCAGCAAGGUGUGCAUUUUACCAAGGCAGCAGAUGGCACUACUUACCGCAUUUUUUGCUCUAUAAGACGCACCAGACCAUAAGAUGCACCUAGUUUUUGGAGGAGGAAAACAAGAAAAAAAAUAUUCUGAAUCCCAUAAACCAGAACAGCAAGAGGGAUCUGGCUUCUGGGAUAGCCUCUUGCUGUCCUGGCUUAUGGGAUAGCCGCGCACAGCCUCUCCUGGGCAAGGGGAUGAAGGCUCCCCCAAGAGCUGCACUCCCUUUAAAGAGUGCGUGAAAAGAGCUCCACGGGGCUCUUUAAAGGGAGCGCUGAGCAGAGCCUCCCGCCUGCAUUCACUCCAUAAGACGCACACACAUUUCCCCUUACUUUUUAGGAGGGGGAAAGUGCGUCUUAUAGAGAGAAAAAUACGGUACCUCAAUAAUUAAAAACACGUACAUGCAAAAAGGUUAGACCUUCUCUGGAUCCUAGCCUCUGGGGCUAGAAGAAGCCCAGAGUGGCUGGGGCAACAGGGAACUACCCCCCAAUGUUUACUGCUGAAUCAGAAUGAAUGUCAAUUGGGUUUUCUGCGAAUCGGCAUUCGUUCUGAUUCAGCAAUAAACAGCCAGUUUCCCCUGCAAAGCUGGUGAGGCAAAAGCUCUCGCACAACGCAGCAAGGGUCGGACAGCCCCCCCUUCCUUCCCGGCCACGUCGUGGCAACCCCAGAUCUCUUUUUAAACCUCGCCCACCAAUGAAAUCCAACCUCCCUCCCGCAGAAAAAGAAGGACGAGACGAAUUUCCAGAGGAUCAUGAGCAACUUAGACAACAACAAGGACAACGAGGUGGACUUCCAAGAGUACGCCGUCUUCCUGGCCUGCGUGGCCAUGAUGUGCAACGAUUUCUUCCAGGGCUAUCCCGACAAGAUGCCCAGGGGCAAGUGA